AUGUUUCCCUCUCUCUUCCGACUUGUAGUAUUCUCCAAACGUUACAUAUUCCGAUCAAGCCAGCGCCUUUACACUAGUUUAAAACAAGAACAGAGCCGUAUGUCCAAAAUAAUGGAAGAUUUACGAAGUGACUACGUCCCGCUUAUCGCCAGUAUUGAUGUAGGAACGACCUCAUCCAGAUGCAUUCUGUUCAACAGAUGGGGCCAGGACGUUUCAAAACACCAAAUUGAAUAUUCAACUUCAGCAUCGAAGGGCAAGAUUGGGGUGUCUGGCCUAAGGAGACCCUCUACAGCCCCAGCUCGUGAAACACCAAACGCCGGUGACAUCAAAACCAGCGGAAAGCCCAUCUUUUCUGCAGAAGGCUAUGCCAUUCAAGAAACCAAAUUCCUAAAAAUCGAGGAAUUGGACUUGGACUUCCAUAACGAACCCACGUUGAAGUUCCCCAAACCGGGUUGGGUUGAGUGCCAUCCGCAGAAAUUACUGGUGAACGUCGUCCAAUGCCUUGCCUCAAGUUUGCUCUCUCUGCAGACUAUCAACAGCGAACGUGUAGCAAACGGUCUCCCACCUUACAAGGUAAUAUGCAUGGGUAUAGCAAACAUGAGAGAAACCACAAUUCUGUGGUCCCGCCGCACAGGAAAACCAAUUGUUAACUACGGUAUUGUUUGGAACGACACCAGAACGAUCAAAAUCGUUAGAGACAAAUGGCAAAACACUAGCGUCGAUAGGCAACUGCAGCUUAGACAGAAGACUGGAUUGCCAUUGCUCUCCACGUAUUUCUCCUGUUCCAAGCUGCGCUGGUUCCUCGACAAUGAGCCUCUGUGUACCAAGGCGUAUGAGGAGAACGACCUGAUGUUCGGCACUGUGGACACAUGGCUGAUUUACCAAUUAACUAAACAAAAGGCGUUCGUUUCUGACGUAACCAACGCUUCCAGAACUGGAUUUAUGAACCUCUCCACUUUAAAGUACGACAACGAGUUGCUGGAAUUUUGGGGUAUUGACAAGAACCUGAUUCACAUGCCCGAAAUUGUGUCCUCAUCUCAAUACUACGGUGACUUUGGCAUUCCUGAUUGGAUAAUGGAAAAGCUACACGAUUCGCCAAAAACAGUACUGCGAGAUCUAGUCAAGAGAAACCUGCCCAUACAGGGCUGUCUGGGCGACCAAAGCGCAUCCAUGGUGGGGCAACUCGCUUACAAACCCGGUGCUGCAAAAUGUACUUAUGGUACCGGUUGCUUUUUACUGUACAAUACGGGGACCAAAAAAUUGAUCUCCCAACAUGGCGCACUGACGACUCUAGCAUUUUGGUUCCCACAUUUGCAAGAGUACGGUGGCCAAAAACCAGAAUUGAGCAAGCCACAUUUUGCAUUAGAGGGUUCCGUCGCUGUGGCUGGUGCUGUGGUCCAAUGGCUACGUGAUAAUUUACGAUUGAUCGAUAAAUCAGAGGAUGUCGGACCGAUUGCAUCUACGGUUCCUGAUUCUGGUGGCGUAGUUUUCGUCCCCGCAUUUAGUGGCCUAUUCGCUCCCUAUUGGGACCCAGAUGCCAGAGCCACCAUAAUGGGGAUGUCUCAAUUCACUACUGCCUCCCACAUCGCCAGAGCUGCCGUGGAAGGUGUUUGCUUUCAAGCCAGGGCUAUCUUGAAGGCAAUGAGUUCUGACGCGUUUGGUGAAGGUUCCAAAGACAGGGACUUUUUAGAGGAAAUUUCCGACGUCACAUAUGAAAAGUCGCCCCUGUCGGUUCUGGCAGUGGAUGGCGGGAUGUCGAGGUCUAAUGAAGUCAUGCAAAUUCAAGCCGAUAUCUUAGGUCCCUGUGUCAAAGUCAGAAGGUCUCCGACAGCGGAAUGUACCGCAUUGGGGGCAGCCAUUGCAGCCAAUAUGGCUUUCAAGGAUGUGAACGAGCGCCCAUUAUGGAAGGACCUACACGAUGUUAAGAAAUGGGUCUUUUACAAUGGAAUGGAGAAAAACGAACAAAUAUCACCAGAGGCUCAUCCAAACCUUAAGAUAUUCAGAAGUGAAUCCGACGAUGCUGAAAGGAGAAAGCAUUGGAAGUAUUGGGAAGUUGCCGUGGAAAGAUCCAAAGGUUGGCUGAAGGACAUAGAAGGUGAACACGAACAGGUUCUAGAAAACUUCCAAUAA